CGUCUUUCUUUUUGUCGUCCUUCUUCUUAGGAUCCUUGGACGGGACCUUGACGGAGGCUUCAUCCUUCCUCGCACCGCCCCCUCCGACACUGUUGGUAUCGGGAGUAGGAGCCAGAUCUCAGUUGCAAAGUAAAAUUAGAUCAAUCUGAAUCGAAGAGCAGCUUGUGCUAUCCAAAACUCUAAUUGCAAAUGAAACUAGGAAUCAAAGUAUAAUUCAAGCAAAUAGUAAGUGGAAAUAACCCCUCCAUCAAGAUUUCUAUUAUGGCUCGGUUCAGCCCAUUCUAACUUUUCUUUCCUUUUCUUUCUCAUAUUCAGCCCAUUUAACUUAUUGAGCUCAUUUUAUUUCCAAUUAUUUUUAUUUAUAAAUGUUUUCAGCUUUCUUUGUCAAAAAGGAAAGUUAUCCUAAUCCCAGAAACAAAGAAACAAAAAAAUAUUAGAUCAUGAACAUCGAAAAAAUUAUCACAUGAUCCUUUUGAAAUUCAAAAUUACAAUCUUUCCAAAACGAUAUAUUCAACCAGCUCAAGUUUGUAAAAUAUCACAUGAUAAAAAAAGUUUGUAAGAUAGUUGUUGAAAAUCUAUAUACAGUAUUAUGUAAACAUAUGUUUGUUGGCAAAAAGGAAAGAAAAGAUGUAUAUGUUUUUACAUGUGGGUGUAAAAUGAGAUGCUAGUAAUAGUAGCCGCAUGUAUAAUGAAGGGUGAAAAGAGAGAGAGAGAGAGAGAGACUGACCAUUCGAAUUUUGAAGGAGAGAGAGAGAGAAAGAGUGGUCACAAUUGGAGAAAGAAGAGGUCGUUACGUUGGAUUUUACGUUGCCUCCAUGCACUCCCCUUCUCCUCUUUAUCUUGUGGUCCUCCUUCUCAUUAUUAUUUUGUCAUUGAUCUAGCAUAAGUUAAAUGUUUAUAUGGUCAAUCACAAACAUGAAUUAAUGUUAUAUAUAGUCAGAUUAUUCCCUUUAUAAUUGUCGACCAGGACUUGAAGUUUCUUCUUUUCGCAUGAGCGAGUUCCGUCAUUACGUAUCAUUUGGAUAAAAAAUUGUUCUAUUUCAAAACUAUUUAAAGAUAAUUCAGGUUCUAAACCACCAGGCGGCUGACAGUCAUACCUCUCUUUAGGAGGUCCACCAUGGCUUCAAGAUCUUACACGGCGCAUCUAGUUACGUUUUUUUUUUCCAACAAUUUUCAUAUGGAAUUCCAGCAAGCAAUCCACUAGACGGCUAGAGAGGAUAUAUAUGAUUAGGCAUAGGCAUAUUAACCGAAACCCGAAUCCGAACCGACCCGAAAAACGUGAACUUAAAACCGAACCGAAGUUAAAAAAAAACCCAAACGGGUUUAGGAUUCAAUCAGUCCGGAUACCUAAUCGAUUAUAUAUGAUAUCCAAACCAAUUACCCGAAGUAUCCCAAUAUAUAUAUUACUAACCCUCAACUUACAUCUUCCAUUCUCAUUCAUCUUUUCGUCUUCUCCUUCUUCAAUGUAUAUGUUCAGUACAUAUUCAAAUUCAUUUUAUGACCAAUUACAUGUAUGAAUCACUAUAUUUUGCGCUUUUGAUUUAUGUUUGAUUACAGGUAGGAUUGCGAUUUAUUUUUUCUUUGUUCUUUAAACAUGCAUGAACUCAGACAUUCAUGAUUAUCCAUGUUUGAUUUCUGCUUGAUUUUGAUGUCUAUUUGAUUUUGAUUUAUGAAUAGAUGAAUUCUUUACCAUUUUCUAUUCAAGAUAAUACAAAUAGAAAUUACACAAAGAAAAAGAAUACAAGCUCAUGUUUCUCAACGUAAUAACAAAUCAGAAAGAUCAUAAAUCUAGUUGUUCAAUAUUUUAACUGCAAUAACAGUAAUGUUUCUGAUCUCAUAAGGUCAAAUCAAGGAUACAUAAAAAAAUUAUUUGUUACACCCGAAUCUGAAAUAACCCGAACAUGAACCUUAAAAAUUCGAGUCCGAACCGAAGUAUAAAAUAACCCGAACGGAUCAUGUAUCUCUCCAUCCGAAAAUCCAAAGCAUCUGAACCGACCCGAACGCCUAUCCCUAUUUUUUUUUUGAACAACUACUUCAAUAUAUUAGAUAAAAGGUUCAGUAUAUGAUAGAGGGAUCACAUAACAGAGCAUUCUUUGCUAGUGAAUCAGCUCGAGAGUUACACGAUCUAGAAAUGUGAGAAAAGUAGAUAAAAUCAAAAGAUGCAGAUAGAAACUCGAUGUCCUUGAGAACUCCAUAGAGCUCCAUAGGGUAUGUGUUCGAGUUAAUGGCUCUGAUGAGCUCAAGUGAGUCGGAGCGAAUCCACGCCUAUCCCUAUAUAUGAUGGAUAUAUGUCAUUUAUUUGCGUUAUUUAGGGGACAUCAUCUCCUAUACCCACCCAGCUAUAUCUCUAAUCUCCGUAAGACAUGAAAACAAAACAAAAAUGGUAAGUUAAAUAAAAAGCCGGAAAUUACAUUUAACCCUAGAACAUUUGAAGUAUUUACCGGUUGUACCUACCUUAACCAAAGGAAUAACCGAAUUGAGUUGAACCACGAACCAAUCCCUAAUUUCGACCCGAAAUUCCAAAAACCGAAUGGUACCAAUUCCCUAUCUUAAAUCCCCAAACCAGACCCGAUUCCCUCUCAUUUUCGGGAAGCCCUUCCCUCUCUCGACACUUCGGCGACACAACCGAGGGAGAUCCCCGCUACCCCCACCAGCGACGGCCAAUCCCACCGAAGAGGAGACUCCUGACCAGCAACGGCCAAUCCCACCGAUAGCGACACAACCGAAGAUGGUGCAACCGCAAGAACCUCAUUUCUUCCAACCUUUGCUUCCUGGAUUCCAGACUCACUUGACAAUACCCAUUGUAUUUUUCUCCAAGCACAUCCAAGGGAAGACGAAUGGGAACACAUGGACACUAACAUCCGACGCUAUGGAUCAAACAUGGCAAGUGAUACAAGAAGAGAGGCGACUCACCCGAGGUUGGAAGAAGUUCGCUGAGGCACAUGACCUUCGAAUAGGAGACAUUGUCAUCUUCAAACUCAAAGGUUCCAUGGUCUUUCACGUCACUCCCUUUGGUCCGAGCUGCUGUGACAUCCAGUACACAUAUCCCAACUCAAUGGAAGAAGCACAUGACCACCAGAACAAUACAGGAACAGGGGCUAGGUUUUCUUACUCGUGGGACUACUGUUUUAAGGCUGAGGUCACGGAUUCUAAUGUCCGUGAAGACAAACUUGUGAGUGAAACGAGUGUUCUUUUGUGUACUUACACAUCUUUAUGUUGUUCUGACACAUAUGUUUAUGUUCUUUUGUUGCAGGAUCUCCCUGUGGGGGCUACUGGUUGUAAUGCUCUGAACAAAGAAUGCAAUAAGGCGAAACUAGUGAACAUAGAGGGAAAGGCGUGGAAUGUGUCAAUGCGAUUUAACGAAUCAGGCGGCUUCUACUACAUCAAAGGGUGGAGAAAGUUCUGUGCUGAAAACAAAUGCCACAUUGGAGACAGCUUUGUCUUCAAUGUGGUUGGAGAUGGGAACACUUUGCCAUUGAUGUGUGUCUGUUCUCCAAGUAAGGAGUGUCUUAAAUCUGCAGGUGACAUUGCUUCUUCCUCCCGGGUGAACUAGGAAGAUCAUGUGUUCUAGUUGGGGACGCGUCUAUGUUGGUUGUGACUUGAUCUUAAGAGCACAAUGUCUUGUGCUUUGAACUUAUUUUGUGUGUCUUUUAUAUGUUUGCUUUUUGGUACUUUCAACUUGUUAUUUUGAUUUGAUGGUACUUUGAACUUGUUAUUUCGGUUUGAUGUUGCAAACUUUUAGUUAAUCAUUUUCAUGUCAAUUAGUUAUAUAGAGUUUCGACUUU